GAUAGCGACAGAUGUCCAGAAAACUACGAGGGGCACUCCUCAGUUACAACACACUGCACCUCGGAGAGCAGGGGCGGAAUCUGCAGCUGUCACUCCAAAGGGUUACCUCCAUUAUCACAUCCAGCCAGAGACUGAAAAAGAAGACCAACUUACUCCUUUAAAACAAAGUACAGGAGACAUCAUGGGAGGCAAACUGAGCAAGAAAAGAAAAACAUAUGAUGUGAGCGACCCCAAAGAUAAGAAAGAAGAAACUUCUGCAGGGGAUGCUAGUGCAGAAGAGUCUGCUAAAGUGGAAGAUGGAGCCCCACCCACAGGAGCUGAGUCAACAGCUGGGGCAGACAAAGUGGUAGAGGAGACUACUGUGGCAGCAGCGGCAGCAGUUACUGAAGCAGAGGCAGCAAUAAAUGUAACUUCAGAAUCUGCACCAUCAGAAGAACACACCCCUGCAGCUAAAAAGGAAGCUUCUUCAGAGCAGGCAUCAGCAGCAGCUGAGCAAUCAACUGCAGCAACAGAGGAGCCAGCUCCCAUUGUAGAGGAAAAAGCUAUAGCAGCAGUCACAGCAGAUCCAGUAACAGCAGAGCCAGCUGCAGUAGAAGUGGAAGCUGCUCCAGUAGCAGAGACUAUAGAAGCUCCAGAAGAGCCCAGUACUGCUUCAGAGGAACCAGCUCCUGCUGCUACAAAGGAAGUUGCUCUAGAACAGAAAUCAGCAGCAGUGGAAGUAGUUCCAGUGCCACAAGCACCAGUUGCAGCAGAAGUGGAAGCAGCACCAGUGGAAAAUGAACUGGCUCCAGCAGCAGAGGAAGCAGCACCAGUAGAGGAACUGGCAGCUGAAAUAUUAAAAGUAGCAGUUCCUGUAGAAAAACCAGCUGCACCGGCAGAAGAAGUAGCUCCAGUAGAGCAGGAAAAAGCUCCAGCAGUAGAGAAACCAGGUCCAGAAGUAGAGGAGCAGGUUGCAGAGGAAUCUGCUCCAGCAGCAGAAGAACCUGUGCAGGUUGAAGCAGAGCCUGAGUCUGCAGAUGCACCUGAAGAGUCCCUGGUAAAAGAACCUCCAGCAGAUGCAGAAUCUGUGCCAGAACCAGAUGUUGAUCUAGCCAGCAAAGAGGCAAUGUCUGAGGAUCAAGAGCCAGAUCCUGUCCCAGAGACUGCUAUUGAGCCUGAAGUCACUGUGGGAGAAACUGUAGUUCUUGCUGCUGUCUCUGAACCAGAGCCAGAGGUUGAGCAAGUAACAGAGCCAGUGCUAGAACUAGAAGCCACACCAGAACAAACCCCAGAGGCAGAGCCAGCACAAGACGCAGAUCAAGCAACAGACACUGUGGCAGAGCCAGAACCAGAACCAGAACCAGAACCAAAACAACAACCAGAGUCAGAGUCUGUGGAAGCACCUGAGCUAGAACCUGAACCAGAGCAACCCACAGAGCCAGAGAAAGCCCCAUCACCAGAGCCAGAACCUGAGCCUGAGGCAGAGGAACAAGUAGAAGAAAGUGAACCAGAACCAACCAUAUCCACAUCUGACCCUACUGAAUCUGAGACUGUGAAUGUAGAAUCUUCUGAGGUCUUGGAAGCUGCAGCAGAGAUAACCACCACUGAAAAUCAGCCUGCUGAAGAGGAAUUUGUUUCAUCAGAAGUCUCUGGUUCUGAGGCAGCAGCUGAGCCAAAAGCAGCAGAACCGGUCCCUGAGAUAGUCAUCUCGGAGUCUAUCUCUGCAGGCGACAUGACUGUUGAAAGCGAAAAGGCAGCUGAAGCCCCUGUGGAAGAAAUGCCUUGUCCAGUGUCUGAGGUGGAAAGCAAAAUGGAAAAUGGAGAUUUAGAGAGUCCUUCUGUUACAGAGGAUGUGGCAGAUGCAGUUCUAGCAGUGAAUGGGGAGUGCAAAGAUAACACUAUCAACACGGCCACAAAUGCAGAUGAAUGUGUUAAUGGGAAUGAAAAGCUAGAGGAGACGCCUAUCCAAGAGCAGAGUGACUUUGAACUGAAAAAGGACGUGAACCUGUGUGGGGAUGUCCAGGAAGUUCCUGAUGCAGUCUCAGACAUGGUGGAGGGUAUCAGCACUGAAGUCACCCAGGCAGUCUGAAAAGAAGCCGUCUUUUACGUCACUGUGAAUUCAGUUCAGCCCCCUCGAUGGUGAAAGAAAGCCAUCAAGGUAUCACAUACACAGCUAGGCUUUCUGAAAUGCUGUAACCACUGCAAUGUCUUUAGUGGUAACUCAGGACAAGGGUGUUUUUCUCUUGAGUAACCAAAAAUGAAACACAACCACUUGAGGAUAGAGUGACAGACAGACAGACUGACAGCAAGUGAGAUGGAAGUGCAGAGAAGAGACUUGUGUUGGUAGUUUGAAGCUGGACAGCAUGAAAAAAAGAAAUCAAACAGUAAAUCUGGUAUUAAUAAUAAAUAAAUUAAUCUGUAUGAUUGAGGCUGACAAAUGCAAAGUGGGUCGUUGGAAAAGCAUUAAUUACUAGCAUAUUAUUGGAUUUAGAAUUUCAUAUAACCUUUCUGUUACCAUAUGAAGCAUCAUGACAUAAAUGUUUGACCUUUUAUAAUAAUGGUACCUGUAAGGACUGUUCAUUUUAAAAUGAUUGUUCAGAAUAGAUAAUAAAAAGAGAUUGCUGUAGCCCAUA